UUUUCUCUUUUUCUUCUGAGUUGGUUUUAAAUUAUUAUUUGCCAUUAAAACACUGUCAAUUUCAGUAUUUGUUUCAUUGCUUGAUCUUCACAAAAAAUUCUAGAAAUAUAGUAUUGUGUUUUUGAGAAGCUGUGAGCCUUGUUUCACUAAUCUGGGUUCACACCAAAUUUCAUCCUUGUACUCUACUUGUGGUUUAUUUACGGUUCUUUUUUCAGUCUAUUUUAUUCUUGAAAAUGGGGUAUUAAUGAUUUUGAAUACUGUUUCUAGUUGUGUAUAAAGUUGUUCAAAUAUCUGUGUUUAGCCAAAGGGUGUGAGGGGAAUCAAUGGCAUCUGCUAUACUUACUUUCAGGGUUUCGCCUUGUUUUGGGAUUAACCCAAAGUUGAAGCCUCGUUUUAGAGCUGAAAGAUUAGUUAGUGGUGAUGAUAAUUUGUCAGUGUAUUCAGUGAAUGGUGGUGCUGGUUCUGUAAUGGAGGAGAAGGAGAAAAAAGGGUCAUUUCUUAAUGGUGGGAAUGGGAGGUUAAAGCCUAGGAUUGAACAAAAAAUGGUGAAAAAAAGGGUUUGUGAAGAACUUGAAGUGUUGUGGGAUGAUGGUUAUGGAACAAAGACUGUGAAAGAUUAUCUUAUUGCAGCUGAGGAGAUGAUCAAGCCUGAUGGUGGACCACCUAGGUGGUUUUGUCCUGUUGAAUGUGGUCAGCCUAUAAAUGAUUCUCCUCUCCUUCUGUUUUUACCUGGGCUUGAUGGUGUUGGUAUGGGCCUCAUUUUGCACCAUAAAGCUCUUGGCAAGGUUUUUAAAGUUCAAUGCCUUCAUAUUCCUGUCCAAGAUCGAACACCAUUCGAAGAGCUGGUGAAACUUGUUGAAGAAGCAAUAAGGCUCGAGCACGCUUACCGUCCGAAUACACCAAUCUAUUUGGUGGGCGAUUCGUUUGGAGGAUGUUUAGCGCUUGCUGUUGCUGCUCGGAAUCCAACCAUAGACUUGGUUUUGAUAUUAGCUAACCCUGCUACAUCAUUUGGCAGGUCACAGUUACAACCGUUGUUCCCGAUAUUGGAAGCUUUCCCGGAUGGACUCCAUGUUACCAUCCCCUAUCUUUUGAGCCUUGUAAUGGGUGAACCAGUGAAAAUGGCAACUGUUGGUAUCGAAGGUAGGCUUUCGCCUUUGCAGAAAAUCGAACAGUUGUCCGGCAACCUCACUGCUUUGCUUCCUCUUCUUUCUGGUAUGGCCAAUAUUAUACCAAAGGAGACUCUCGUUUGGAAGCUGAAGUUGCUCAAAACAGCUUCUGCUUAUACGAAUUCGCGUCUCCAUGCUAUUAAAGCCGAAGUACUAGUGCUUGCAAGUGACAAGGAUAAUAUGCUUCCUAGUCGAGAUGAAGCUCAACGUCUCAUGAAUUCAUUAUCGAAUUGCAAAGUCCGUCGCUUCAAGGACAACGGACAUACCCUUUUACUGGAAGAUAGCUUGAAUCUACUGACUAUCAUUAAAGGUACUUGCAAAUACCGGCACUCCAAGAAGCACGAUUUUAUCGCGGAUUUUGUGCCUCCCAGCAUGUCGGAAUUCAAAUAUGCAUUCGAUGAAGUAGCCGGGUACAUACGAUUUGCUUCCGGUUCGGCAAUGUUCUCGACCAUGGAAGACGGAAAAAUAGUGCAGGGGCUUGCAGGGGUUCCAAAUGAAGGUCCGGUGUUGUUAGUUGGUUACCAUAUGUUAAUGGGACUCGAACUUUCUUGCCUUAUUGAAGCGUUCUUACGAGAGAAGAAGAUUAUGGUCCGCGGAAUUGCACAUCCGGAAUUGUUUUGGGGGAAGCUUCAAAGUUCGUCCAAUGAAUUUGCUUUCUCUGAUUGGGUUAAAGUUAUGGGUGCAUUGCCCGUAACAGCAAAUUAUCUGUUCAAAGCUCUGUCUACGAAAUCCCAUGUUCUUCUUUAUCCCGGCGGCGCCCGCGAGGCCCUCCAUUAUAAGGGUGAAGAAUACAAAUUAUUUUGGCCAGAACAACCCGAAUUUGUACGAAUGGCAGCACGAUUCGGGGCCACAAUUGUACCUUUUGGAACUGUAGGAGAAGAUGAUAUAGCAGAAUUGGUUCUCGACUACAACGACUGGAUGAAAAUCCCCGUGAUUAACGAGAGAAUAAAAGAAUCCAUUCGGGAUGGUAUAAGAAUAAGGGAUGAAACAGAUGGAGAGGUCGGAAACCAACAGCUCUUUAUCCCAGGGAUGUUACCAAAGAUCCCAGGACGGUUUUACUAUCUGUUCGGAAAACCGAUAAAGUUGAAAGGAAGGGAGGAUUUGACGAAGAACAGACAAGAUGCAAAUGAUUUGUAUUUGCAGGUAAAGUCAGAAGUUGAACAAUGUAUAGAUUACUUGUUGAAGAAGCGAGAGGAGGAUCCAUAUCGGAGUAUAAUCGAUCGGACGAUCUAUGGUGCGCUUUAUUCUUCUGUAGAUCAAGUUCCAGCAUUCAAGCCUUGAAGGGAAGAAAAUGACUCAAAGCAUAUGCAUCUUUGAUUCUUUUAUGAGGCUGACAUUCUGCAUAGUUUAUGUAAUAUAGGCCAUUGCUAAUAUUAUGACGUAAUAUUUACACAGUUAAAAAUACAAAAGGAAAAUAAGAAACUAUGAAAAUCAAAGAAGAAAAUGUAAUAUUUUUUUCUUAAUUAUUAAAUUAUUUAA